GAUCGCAUCGCCCGCUGAUCAUUCACAGCAGUGUUCAUCGGCCCCACCGCUCCCCAACCACUCUAUCAUCAUCCACAAAAAUCAAAAUCAAACUCUCUCUCCAAAACUCACUAAAUCCUCUGCUUCACUUCACUUUCACUCCCAAAUUAAAAUUACGCCUUCCCACGCGUCAAUGGUCACCAAUAAUGCUUUCGCCUCUGGCAAGCAGCCAACAUGUUCGACAAAAAGCGUGAACCAAAAAACCCACUUCAUUUCUCCCCCUUUCUCCUCACCGCCCACCAUUAUUUCUGUCUCCUCCUCCUCCUUAAGCCACAACCUUUCCCCGCAGUUUCACUUAGCGAGUUGUUCUUUUCCCCUUUUUCUUUUUACCUGGUUUUUUGUCGCUGUUUUCAUUCGUUUCUUUGUGGGAUUUCGAGAUGAACUUCUGGGCUUCUGUCCCUUUUGGCCUUUUUGAUUGGAAUUGCUUUUUUCUGUAAUGGGUUGUGAUGUUUGGAUACGGGUUUGACCAUUCGAGGCUUUUUGCUCAAAAGGGAAUUGGGAUUGCCAACCUCUGUGGGGCUUUUGCUCUUCUGCCCGUUGGUUCUUUUGGGAGUUUGAAUAUUUUUUGCGGAUUUGCUUGUUGGAAAUUAUGUGGGUCUGAUCCUUACCAGAUGAAUUCUGCUUCUUAGAGAGCAGGGGGUUGUUCUUCUACUGGUGAAAAUCACUAUGGCUCCUGCUGGGAAGGUUUCCAAUUUCUACAGAGAAGGGAAUGAUUGGUUUUGCAGCGCUGGAUUGCCCAGUGACAUCACUGUUUCUGUUGAAGGCGUACACUUUCAUCUUCAUAAGUUUCCUUUGAUAUCAAAAAGUGGGAAGAUAGCUCAAAUAUAUGAAGAAUCUCAGUAUACCCCAAGGAAGAUUUUCCAAGCAGCGUUAGAAGAUUUCCCUGGUGGCCCUGAUACCUUCUACAUUGUGGCAAAAUUUUGCUACAGUGGCCGGGUCGAACUGACACCGAAAAAUGUUAUAACCGUGUAUUGUGCUGCAGACUAUCUUGAAAUGACAGAUGUGUUUGGGGAAGAUAACUUGAUCUCCAAAUCUGAGAGUUAUCUUCACAACAGCAUACUUCGCCACUGGAAAGAUUGUAUAGUGGCUCUUCAAAAUGCAGAAUCUGUUCUGGAAAGGGCCGAUAAGCUCCAGAUAGUAAGAAAAUGUUUGGAUGCUCUUUCUGUGAUGGCUUGCACGGAUCCUAGCUUGUUCGGAUGGCCUAUGAUGAUGUAUGGUAGUUUACAGAGCCCUGGUGGAAGCAUUCUGUGGAAUGGAAUUAACACUGGCGCUCAAAUUCGAAGCUCAGAAUCAGACUGGUGGUUUGAAGAUGUUUCUUAUCUGAGUGUGAAUUUAUUUGAGAAACUUAUCAAGGCAAUGCAAGCAAGAGGUUUAAGGCCUGAAAAUUUGGUGGGUGCUAUAAUAUAUUAUGCUAGAAAGUACUUGCCAGGUUUGAGCCGCUGGCACGGUAGACAAAUUGGAAAGCCUAUGACAGUUACAAGUUUUAGCUUGACACCUGCUGCCGUUGAUCAAAGAAUUCUUUUGGAAACUAUUGAAAAACUUCUUCCCUCGAAGAAGGGAAAAUCAUUUUGCCGCUUCUUACUCGGUCUUCUUCGAGUUGCUUUGAUAUUGGGUGUGGAUAGACCAUGUAUGGACUCGUUAGAGAGGAGAAUCGGAAUGCAACUUGAGUUGGCAACUCUAGAUGGUCUCCUAAUUCCCUCGUACUCGGAUUCCGAUACGUUGUAUGACACCGACUGCAUUGAAAGAAUCAUCCAUCAUUUUACAUCUUUGCAGUCAAUGGUGACCGCAUUCUCUCCAGCAUCACUUGAUCUUGAAGCAUCACCAGGAUCUGGACAACUGAAAAAGGUAGCAAGACUGAUAGAUAGCUAUCUGGCAGAAGUUGCUUCAGAUGUAAACUUGAAACCGCUAAAAAUCAGAUCCCUUGCAGAGGCCAUACCAGAUGCGUCAAGAUCUUUCCAUGACGGGCUAUAUAGAGCACUUGACAUAUAUUUCAAGGCUCACCCUUUUCUCUCUGCCAGGGAGCGGGAAGAACUUUGCAACGUGAUCGACUAUCGGAAGUUAUCGAUUGAUGCUUGUGCUCAUGCAUCCCAGAACGAGAGGUUGCCACUUAGAGUUGUCCUUCAAGUGCUGUUCUUUGAGCAGAUGCAGUUGAGAACAGCUUUAGCUGGCUGUCUCAAUGUCUUGGACACUGAAAGUGCUCUGGCAGGUCCCGUUGCAGCCCCGCUCGACAUGACAGGUCAGAUCGUACAGAGAGACGGGUGGGUGACCGUUGUGCGGGAGAAUCAAGUUUUGAAGGUGGAUCUGGAUAACAUGAGGUCUAGAGUUGGAGAACUGGAGCAAGAGUUCAACAAAAUGAAGGAAGAGAUGAAAAAGGUUAAAAAAUCACAUAACUCCACCACUUCUCCUCGCACGGUUGCUAGGAGCAUCGGGUGCAAGCUUCUCCCUCGCACGUCGGAUGCUCAAUCAGAUAUCGUUGAAAGCGUCGGUCCCAGUCCACGAGCUUCAGUUGAGCUGCGACGUCCAGCUYGUCAUUCUCGACACAGGAAAAGCUUCUCUCUAUUUUGAGGCACGGGGAAGUCGAUGCGUCGGCAAACGUGGGCUUUGUAUGGAGGAGAAAGAAAGGAAGGUGCUUGGUAUUGUUUCUUCUUGGGGGCACUUUCCUUCCUUUUCUCCUCAUGAAAACAAAUUUCUGAGACAGCUGAACUCGUUUGCUGUUCAUCAUGCAUCGUUGUAAGAUAUAUAUAUAUCUCAACAUCUCUUUGUAUCCUCCUCCAUAUCAAAGUAUUAUACUAGUGAAUGUUUUUCUUCA